UGUAUAUUUAUCUCCAGGUGGUGACAUACAACCCAAGCGUGAUUUGAGUCGCUUUGUGAGAUGGCCCAAGUACAUACGUCUGCAGCGUCAGAGGGCAGUUCUUCAACAGCGUUUAAAGAUACCCCCUCCUAUCCAUCAGUUCAAGCAGACUCUUGACCGUCAGAAAGCUAUGUUUUCGUUUGUGAUGGACAAGUAUCGUCCUGAGAGCAAAGCUGCUAGGAAGGCAAGGCUGCGCAGGCGUGCUGCUGCAAGAGCAGCUGGCAAGGAGGAUGUCCCAACAAAGCGCAAGAUAUUUGUUCGUCAUGGUGUCAACACUGUCACAAAACUGGUUGAGGCAGAAAAAGGCUCGCCUGUUAGCAUUGCCAGUGAUGUAGAGGCCAGUGGAGAAUGUGUUGUUCAUGCCUGCCUGUGCCGCAAGAUGGAGUGCCAUACUGUUAUUGAUAACAAUAAGUACACGGAUGGUGUUGUUGUAAGGAGGAAUAAAACUUCCUGCAUUGCAAUCACAGAUGUA